AUGGCUUCCAAUUUCAAUGACAUAGUGAAGCAAGGCUACGUGAGGAUCCGGAGCAGGCGCCUGGGGAUUUAUCAGCGAUGCUGGUUAGUGUUCAAGAAGGCCUCCAGCAAAGGCCCCAAGCGACUGGAGAAAUUUUCUGAUGAACGCGCUGCAUAUUUUAGGUGUUACCAUAAGGUGACAGAACUCAACAACGUGAAGAACGUGGCUCGACUGCCCAAGAGCACCAAGAAGCACGCCAUAGGGAUCUACUUCAGCGAUGACACCUCCAAGACCUUCGCUUGUGAAUCAGAUCUCGAGGCUGAUGAGUGGUGCAAGGUGCUCCAGAUGGAGUGCGUGGGGACACGGAUCAAUGACAUCAGCCUCGGGGAGCCUGACCUGCUGGCCACGGGGGUUGAGAGAGAGCAGAGUGAGAGAUUCAAUGUGUAUUUGAUGCCAUCUCCUAACUUAGAUGUACAUGGCGAAUGUGCCUUGCAGAUUACAUAUGAGCACAUCUGUCUUUGGGACGUCCAGAAUCCCAGAGUCAAACUCAUCUCUUGGCCGCUAAGCGCCCUGCGGCGGUACGGGCGAGAUGCUGCUUGGUUCACUUUUGAGGCAGGGAGGAUGUGUGAGACUGGCGAGGGGCUGUUUAUCUUCCAGACACGAGAUGGGGAGGCCAUCUACCAGAAGGUGCACUCUGCCGCGCUGGCCAUCGCCGAGCAGCACGAGCGCCUGCUGCAGAGUGUGAAAAACUCCAUGCUGCAGAUGAAGAUGAGCGAGCGGGCAGCCUCGCUGAGCACCAUGGUGCCCCUGCCCCGCAGCGCCUACUGGCAGCACAUCACCCGGCAGCACAGCACGGGCCAGCUCUACCGCCUGCAGGAUGUGGCCAGUCCCCUGAAGCUUCAUCGAACAGAGACUUUCCCCGCCUACCGCCCCGAGCACUGA